UCUGGUCAUUUCUCUUCGUACCGUCUACUCGAGCGCAUCGGUCUCUUCGUAGCAGUCGAUAAAGCGUAUUAAUUUUUAAUAAUUUCGAUAAUUUUUCCGUUUAUAAUAAUAAUUAAUCUUUUUUCCUUACAAAAUGGAUAGGUGACGCAGGAUAGGUGACGAAGUAUUAGCGUAAUCCAUAGUAAUUCUAUUGUAGGUUAUAAGGUUAUCUUUAUUGUUUAUAAUUUAGUUAUACGAAUUAUGUUGAACAUAUAACAAGGAAGUAAAAGAAGACUAUUCUACAGUAUUUGCGAUAAGUUAUAUAAAAGUAGCUGUAAAAGAAGAAAGAAGAAUUAUUCGAUGAAAUUAGGAGAAAUUAUUUAUUAUGUUUACUACAGAAGAGAAUAUUCCUAACCUAAACUAUACGUAUAAUAAUUUUCAUUUUUCGAUCAGUGGGAAAGAAAAUGAGUCUGAAUUCGAUAUAAAAUUAAAACAAGCGUGGGAAAAGGCUCAAAAAGAUAAAGUAUUUCGAUAUGUAUUAAAUAUUAGUAAUUGGCGGGUACUCGAAGGUCCAUAUAAAUUGUUAGCUCAGCUUAAUCCUGACAGAGCAUUUAGAAGAAGAACGCCAGAACAUAUUACAACAAUGUUACAGCCGUUUGAUUCAACAAAAUUUAACUUUACUAGAUUACCGGAAAGUGAAAUAAUGUUUAAGAUACAAAAUGAAGGUUAUACUGAUAUCAUAGCAGUUAAUGUUAGUCCUAUUGAAUGGUGUCAUUCUUUAAUAAUUAUAAAAUAUUUACAAUGUCUACCGCAGAGCAUUACACAGUAUAGUCUUCAAAAAGCUAUUGAAAUAUUACUGUUGAGCAGCUCACCGUACUUCAGAGUUGCAUAUAAUAGUUUAUGUGCUUUUGCUUCUGUCAAUCAUUUACACUGGCAUUUAUAUUACCUCAAGCACAACAUGCUUCUUGAAUAUAUUGAAGUACAACCGUAUCAAGGUUCUUUGUUCCUCUUAGAAAACUUUCCUAGCAAAGGGUUUUGCUUUAAAUUAUCAUCUUCAAACAAAAUAGAAACUUUUGUAUCUUCAAUAUUUUCAUUAGUAAAUUAUCUUCAGAAGCACCAAAUAGCGCAUAACGUAUAUGUUACAAGGGCAAAAACUAUAAGUUCAAAAGAAGUGCAUGACGAUGUACGGGCAUAUGUUUGGGCAAGAAAGUCACAUGUUGAUGUAAAAGAUACAACUUUGUUUAAUCCAGCUGUGUGCGAACUCUUUGGACACAUAUCUAUUAAAACAGAAGAAAUAUAUCAAAAUUUGACAGAAGCAGCAAUAGUAAAAAUAUUAGACCACAUAACAAAAGAGUCUUAUUUAUUAAUUAAAAAA